GCUACGUUUUUACCACGGCGGUUCGUGGCUAAAUUUAACUUAGCCACGAAAUAGCCAGGAAGUAGCCACGAACAAUACUGGUAAAUAAACCGUGGUUUUUCCGUGGUUUUUCCGUAGCAACACAGCCACGAAUUUGUCAUGUAUAGAUUCGUGGAAAAUAAAGCCACACUAUAGCUGCGCUUAAUUCGUAGCAACAUAGUGACGAUAAACAAACAUGGCUAAUUCGUGGUAAAAUUAUAGCCACCAACGCAUACCGUGGUUAAAUCGUGGCUAUGUCACCGAAUUCUGAAAGACGUUUAUCCACGAAAAAAAAUGUGGCUAAAUUCGUGGCUUAUCCACCGAAAUUUAUGUCACCUCAGUCAAUCUCAGUCAAGUUGUCCAAGUUGCGGACUGUAUAUUGUCGGAAAAGAUUCGAAAACUAUAGCCACGAAUAAAGUUCACGGCAAAUUAGUGGCUAUAUUUAGCUACGACUGACGUCAGUGACAAAUUAGUGGCUAAAUAUUGCCACGAUUGUUUGUCGUGACCAGUUCGUGGUAAGAUUUAGCCACAAAUAUCGUCGUAGCACAUUCGUGGCUUAUUUUUCCUAUAUAACCAACUGCGUUUCUCCAUUAAUUAUCAGAGCAAAGAAGAAGAGAGAAAAAAAAUAAUAAAACGUUUGAGCGUUCAAAAUUUUUUAUGUGACUAUUUUCCAAUGUCAUAUUAUUUUCAAUAUCGAGAGUGGAUGGAUCAACGUCUUGAUCCAUUAAUAAAUCGUGUUUCAGAUGAGUUUUUUGAGGGGGUUAAUGUUUUUAUUGAAUUUGCUUGUAAUCAAGCUUCUUACCAAGAGACCAACACUAUUUUGUGUCCGUGUGCGCGUUGUCAAAACGGAAAGCAGCGUGAUGUAAAAACGGUUAUUAAACAUCUUUCUCGAGUGGGGUUUAAGGGAAAUUACUAUGUUUGGUUAAACCAUGGAGAAAAAUAUUAUGACGUUGGAGAAUCAUCAGGAACAAGUCAUUUUACCGGUGAAGAAGCGACGUGGCCACCAAAUUCUACAAAUUUUCAAGUUCCAGAAAAUACGUACGAGUAUUUUCCAUAUGGAAAUACGAACAUCGAACAAGAGAUGGAGGCUCCACAUGUAGUAGAGAAUAUGAUGGAAACAACAAACGAAGAGCCAUAUCAUGAUAGCGUUUUCGAAGCUUUUGAAGCCGCUAAGGAACCUCUUUACGAUGGUUGUCCAGAAGGAAUUUCUCAGUUAUACCUAUCUUCACGUAUGUUGAAAGCAAAAUCUGAUUACAAUAUGGUGGAGGCAUGCGUAGAUGAGCUAUCACAGACUUUCAAAGUUGUUCUGCCCACACCAAAUAAAGCUCCUGCAUCAUACUACGAGACAAAGAAGUUGACACAAGCGCUUGGUCUACCGGUAUAUAAGAUUGAUGUUUGCGAGAAUAAUUGCAUGCUUUUUUGGAAAGGAGAAGAUGGAGAGCUGUUGCGGUGUCGGUUUUGUGAUGAAGAUAGAUACCAUCCACACAAUGGAAAAGGAAAAAAAAGGCCUAAGCAAAGAAUGUUUUACAUGCCAAUUACAGAUCGACUGAAGCGGCUAUACCAGUUAGAGAAUACUGCAACGGCUAUGCGAUGGCACGCUGAACAUAUGUCUCCCGAAGGAGAAAUGCACCACCCGUCCGACGGAGCAGCAUGGAAACAUUUCAAUGAGGUAUAUCCUAAUUUUGCUGCUGAAAGUCGCAAUAUUUAUCUAGGCUUAUCAACAGAUGGAUUUAAUCCUGUUGGUAUGAAUGGUGAGGCACACUCGGUUUGGCCAGUAAUCGUAACUCCUUAUAAUUUACCUCCUGGCAUGUGCAUGAAGAGAGAAUUUUUCUUUUUAUCGGUACUUGUUCCUGGGCCAAAGCAUCCCAAAAAAAGUCUGGAUAUUUAUCUCCAACCAUUGAUCGAAGAAUUGCAGAGUCUGUGGAUUGACGGGGCGGAAGCGUAUGACAUAUCAAAGAAACAAAAAUUCACGAUGCGAGCUGCUUUGAUGUGGACAAUCAGCGACUUCCCGGCAUAUGGCAUGUUGUCUGGUUGGAUGACGCAUGGCCGUUUAUCGUGUCCAUAUUGUCUAGAUGACACAAAAUCAUUUUGGUUACCAAAUGGAAGGAAGCAUAGUUGGUUUGAUUGCCACAGAAUGUUUUUACCUCAAGAUCAUCCUUACAGAAAAAAUGUUCAAGCAUUUCGUGGAGGGAAGGAAGUAAGAGAUGAUCCUCCACCGUGGUUGACUGGAGAGGAAAUUCUUUACGAAAGAAUAAACAAUAUUCGUGGGUUGUUUAGAACUGUCGAUUGUGGAGGGAACGGCCACGAGAAGCCUGCUCAAACUAUCGAUGGAUAUGGGAUUGAUCAUAAUUGGGUGAAAAAGAGUAUAUUAUGGGAGUUACCAUAUUGGGAAAAUCUUCUUCUUCGACAUAACCUUGACUUCAUGCACACCGAGAAGAAUUUUUUCGACAAUCUCAUCAACACGGUUUUGAAUGUUCCUGGGAAAACGAAAGAUAACAUUAAAUCAAGAAUGGAUCUUCCGGCGUUAUGUAGAAGACAUGAUUUACAUCUUAACCGAGAUGGAACAAUGCCGGUGCCAAUAUUUAGAUUGUCGAAUGAAAAAAAAGAGCAUUUCUCCUAUGGAUGAAAAAUGAUAUACGGUUUCCAGAUGGAUAUGCGUCAAAGUUUAGUCGUUGUGUUGACGAAAACCAUUGGAAGUUAUCUGGACUGAAAAGUCAUGAUUGCCACGUCAUCAUGCAACGACUACUCCCGUUUGCGUUUGCAGAACUUCUUCCAAAAAAUAUUCACACGGCCAUUUCAGAUAUUUCACUCUUCUUUCGGGAUAUCUCAGCGAAUAUUUUACGUAAAGAUGAUGUUGCUUUGUUGAAAGCAAAUAUUGCCGUUAAACUUUGCAAUUUGGAAAAGAUAUUUCCUCCAUCGUUCUUUGAUGUUAUGGAACAUCUUCCCGUUCAUCUACCAGAUGAAGCUGCUUUAGGAGGUCCAGUGCAAUAUCGGUGGAUGUAUCCGUUCGAGAGAUACAUGUACCAUUUAAAGAGGAAAGUUAAGAACAAGGCACACAUAGCGGGUUCGAUUGUUGCACAAUGCGUGAAUGAGGAGAUAGCAAAUGCUUCUGCAAAUUAUUUUGGACAUCCAGAAUUUAGAGAUGAUGUUAUUCCAGUUCCUGGAGAGAUUCGAUUCACAUACUUUU